UAAACGUCGUCGUUCUUUCUCCCGUGCUCCAUCUCUGACGCGAGGCAUAUCACCUGGCCCAUGAUUGGCUGACCUUGUCCGCAGCAAGCGUUACGUCACGUCUAAUCUGCGCUGCCCUAGUAAUUACUGAAGCGGGCAGCCUGCCGGCACACGUGCAGAUCUUCUCGGAGACUGACUAUCGGCAGACGCUCGUCGAAGUCACCGUUCUCGUCCGUUACUGCCUGGCCACGGUGCAAGGACGCUCACCAGCAUCUUGCAUUUGUGGAACGAGGAGGCGUCGCUGCUGGCGCCACCGCCCGGACAACCAUUACAGCUGUGCCAGUGAUGCGUGCUCGCAAGAAAUUCCCUCCCACCCGCAAGAAAGUUCAGCAAAAGCUGCGAUGGGCGCGUCCGCCCUGCACACCGCGGAACGCGAGCUUGACUGCAGCUCGGUGAACACCCUCGCCAACGACAGCGCCAGUCGCUGCUCUCUCGCUAGGAGCCUCGACGACUGCGACGCUGGACGUGCGAUUCUGCACUACGUGGACUUCCUGUACUGCGGAGGUGACCAGACCGCUGGCGUCCCCGCGCAGGUGCUUCUGUUCUUGUGGCUCGUCACCUUGUUUGUGGCGCUGGGGUCAACGGCGAGCUCGUACCUGUGUCCAGCGCUCGUACACAUUUCCAAGUCCCUCCAGCUCUCCCAAGGAGUGGCCGGCGUCACUUUUCUGGCGUUCGGCAAUGGGGCGCCGGACACUAUUGCCACGAUCGCCAGCAUCCGGCGUGACCGCACCGCGUUGGCCAUCGGCGAGCUGCUCGGCGGAGGCACCUAUGUCGCGGCCGUUGUCGUUGGCCUUAUCUUCAUCAAGAACGACUUCGAGCUGAUCCAGUCGUCCCUGCUGAGAGACAUCAUCUUCUACCUGGCAGCUUCCUUUUGGGCCUUCACACUUUAUUCGAACGGAUGCAUCAAGCUAUCUGACGCGGUCGGCUUCAUCGUACUUUACGUGGUCUAUAUAACAGUUGCGGUCUGGGGCCAGAAAUUUCUCGACAGAGUAUGCAAAAUUCAGUUCUGCCGCCAAGCCCUUGCAAGCCGGCGCGUUUCUCGGGUCAGCUACAGCAACAUAGAUGAGACCAUCAUCGAGUCUUUGGGUAGCAGUACUGACACCAAGAGCGUCAAAUGUGAAGAAGAAAGUCAGGAUCUGGCUUCGCUCGCCGAGGCUGACGACGUGGUCCCCACGCCACCGCCGUUUUUGACCAGACCCCGAUUGCGUCGAUCGUCCUCGGGUAUCAGUCUGCACCACCACCAUGAAAAUGCAAUCUACUACUUCACCACCUCUUUCGAAGAGCAGCGUGCCGACCCACCCUCACCAGAGGUCGCGGAGCCUCGGCGUCCAUCGCGAACGAGCCAGCCUUCGUUCAACUUGGUCUCUUCGUCGGUGUUUCCUGGAGAGGCGACUCCCCUGAUCAGCCAGACGUCCGACGAGAAAGUGCCGCCGAUGUACAGCGAGUGGACCGAGUUCCUUCUGCACAUUUCACCCGUGGAACCGGGCGAGUGGAAAGCCAAGCACCUCUGCUGCAAAGUCUACGAAGUGCUGACCCUGCCAAUUUCGCUAGUGCUUGUGCUGACCAUACCGGUGGUGGACCACGAGAAUCGUCACGCCAACUGGUCGCGACCGCUGAACGCUCUUCAUUGCAUCACUGGUCCGAUCGUCGCCCUAAGCGUUUCUGGAAUCCUGACCGCACGCAUUGGCGACGUGGUGCCAGCGUGGUGCUUGAUCAUUACGUUAGGCAUUGCAUUGGCCGGGCUCGUCUGGUUCACAUCGUCGGCGCAUGAGCCACCGCGUUACCACCUUGUCUUCGCCUACGUCGGCUUCGCCAUGUCCAUCGUUUGGAUCUACGGCAUCGCCACUGAAAUAGUGGCACUCCUCAAGGCAUUCGGCGCCCUGUACGGCAUCAGUGAUGUCCUUCUCGGCAUGACCGUUCUCGCCUGGGGCAACAACAUCGGGGACAUGGUAACCAACUUGUCGCUUUCGCGCCAAGGCUUUCCGCAGAUGGCCAUGGCAGCUUGCUUCGCCGGACCCGUGCUAGCACUACUGCUGGGUAUCGGUGUCGCCUUCAGUAUGAACCUCGCAUCACGAUCCGUGACCUGCAUGCAGCUCCACUACAGUGAGCUGCUCCCACUCAUCUAUGGAACGCUCGUGGUCGUCCUCUUUGUGUUGCUUCUGUCGGCACUCGUGACGUGGUUCCGCUCAUCUCGCGUGGUCGGCGCUAUCCUCAUAAUACUUUACCUAACAUUUCUUCUCACUACUGCACUUGUUGAGUUCAGCCUUAUGAGGAAAGGGUAGCCUGCACAGCGCACUGGGCUUCGUGUCUGCGAGAGCUUUCCACAAGUGCUCUUGGAAUGCACUUACACGUCUCGGGUCGUUGAUACAAACGCUCGCAGCUUGAAGGCCGUAAGCCAGGCACGUUCCGUGAGCACUGUGCAUCUCAACUGGCGCACUGCGCUUCUUCAAAAAAAAAAAAAGAACUCGGGAUAUUUGCGGGGAAGACGCGAUUGCGCUGCUAGUGACAUCCUGAGACCUAUUCCUUAAGCUGUUAGUGUGUCGUCAUUUUACUUGAACAGGGUCUCUCUAAUUUUAUGUUUUAAGACUGUUUCCGAAGGUCAUACUGCGCUGUCUGCUCUAUUUUGAGGUUUGCAAAGCGGGGACAGUGCCUUCAAUAUUUGGCCAGGAUCUGCGAGCAGCAAAGUUGUUUAAGUGUCUAAGCGUCAUUGUUUUAAGCUAUUCGCCUCAUUUUUUGUGAACCAGAGGGUUUGAUUUCGUGGGUUGUCGACGCGGGGUUUUGCUUUUCUGAAGCGCAUUUUUUCUUGUACAUCACCAGUGGUGAGCGUUUAUUAAACUUUUCAACAAUG